CCGGUCUCAGAGCUUGCGAAAUAAAUCACGUUUUCUCCGUCAAGAGAUCAGGUGGAGGAAGGAGGAGGGUUCGCAGGCAUCCCUGAGGCAGGGGGAGAGGAUAAGAGGCCAGUAAAAAAAAAAAAAAAGCUCUGAGGCUUUGGUGGGCUCUGGACUCUUGGGAAGUUUUCCUCCCAGAAAAGCUGAGCUUGCAUCUUUUUGCUUCCUGGAGCUUUCUUAAAGCGAUCUACCGAGAGCUAGAUCUCACUCUGCGCCUGUGAGCUGCAUUCUUCCCGAUUUUAGCCGGAUUGAUCCGAGAAAAUGCAGGCUUUGGCGCUCUGGCUGACCGUCGGUGCUCUCCAGCUGUUGACAGCUGUCCAUGGGGGACCCCAACAACAACGCUUUGUCGCGCCGGACAUUACCUGGACUCUGAGCAAGGUACAAAACUUUGCAUGGGAAAACUGUGGUCCUCCAUCAGAACCUGCAAUGAUUAAGAGUCUGUCUGUAAGUCCUGAUCCAAUUGCUGUCCCUGGAGAUGUGACAGUUACUGCAUCGGGGGCCAGCACUAUAAUCCUCUGUGCUCCUCUAAAGGCAGUUGUCAUCCUGGAGAAGAAGCUUGGAGAUAUGUGGAUAAAAGUCCCUUGUGUGGAUCAACUUGGGAGCUGCAUCUAUGAUGAUACUUGUGCCUUGCUGGACAGUCUCAUCCCUCCAGGCGAGCCAUGUCCACCGCCUUUGCAAACUUAUGGCAUUCCAUGUCAUUGCCCGUUCAAAGCGGGUACCUACAGCCUUCCUUCCUCUGAAUUCUUCAUACCCAACAUGGAUUUGCCUUCUUUCCUCACCAAUGGAGACUACAAGAUGAGAGUUGUGCUGACCAACGGGGACCAAGAGAUGUCCUGCACCAAGCUGUCUUUCUCCUUGCAGUCUGAGAAACGGUGGCUACACUGAGUCUUAGCGCCAAGUGCCAUGCUUCUCCCAGCUUUUUUCUAUCCUGUUAUGACUAACACGAAGAGUUACUUUGCAGCAUUUAAAUUACUGGGAACACUGAUUGGAAAAUCCAAGGAAAGAAUGCUCCUUAUUAGAAAAAGAUGCCUACCCAUCUAAAACUUAUUAAGGACCAGGUUCUACAAAUUAUAGCAAUGGGAAUCUGCAUACAUUAAGAAUAUGUUUAGCUGGCAGGUUCAAUGGGCCCAGCACUGCAACUCUCCAUUGGCGGAUUCCCUUAUUAGGUUUCCCUACAUUCCAAAGUCUUAAAUGGUAGAUAGAGGCCUCUUCAAGGGAUGAGAUAGUGGAAGUGCACUGACGACAGGAUAAUCUGAGCCAGGUAUCAAAAAAACCCCUGGAGAAAUUACAUUUUCUACUUUAUGGAUGCUCCUUUAGUCUAGCUAGAUUUGGUUACCUCUCUGACACUUUACAGAACCUAUAUGGAAUGGCUCUUUCAGUAUACCAGAAGUAUUUUUUUUUUUUUUUUUUUUAGUAAUGGACAGUUUCUAAAUGAUGCCUUGUGCAAUUCAACCAGCCUUUUUUAUCCUGAGAUGAGCUUUGUGAAUGAGGGAGCUAAGAAAAAUACUGAGAAAAUCAGGAUUGUUCCCAUUUAUUUUUUGCAAUUCAUUCCAUUUACACCCUCUUAAGCGGUACAUUUUGUUAGCUAGUAUUAUCCACUGCAUAAUAACCUGUGUCCUUGUCUUUUUGUUCAUAAGCUUAAUGUUUUCUUGGGGAGGCAAGUCACAGCAACCAUGAAAAGAAGCAUUUUUUAAAAGUGAGCAGUUUCCACUUUUAUGUAAGAAUGCACUAACUCUUCUUUUUUAAAAAUGAAGUGCUUGCAGAGGUAUUGCUGGGAAAAGCAGCACAUAUCCCUCUAAAUGCGCAUUUCUCUCCUUGUUUGAAGACUGAUUUUCUUGUUCCUAAGGAACCAACUGGCUCCAUUUACUAACAAGCAUCUUAGAACCUAAUUAUCUAUUAUUUUCUAGCUUAUCAUACAUCCUAUGCAUUAAGCAAAACUGAUCAUCUAAUUGGAGAACAAAUUAGUGAUUAGUGAGAUAAUCAAAUAACUCAAGACAUCAAUUAAAUGUGAUAGUGUGCCAUAAUUUGAAUGCCAUGUAUAAAUAUCCUGUUACAGAAGAUUCAGUCUCCAAACAGUGAUUGCCAAGUGAUAAGAGCCACAGUGGUGCAGUGGUUAGAGUACAGUACUGUAAGCUACUUCUGCUGACUGCCUGCAAUUUGGCAGUUCAAAUCUUACCAGGCUCAAGGUUGACUCAGCCUUCCAUCCUUCCGAGGUGGGUAAAAUGAGGACCCAGAUUGUUGGGGGCAAUAUGCUGACUCUGUAAACUGCUUAGAGAGGGCUGUUAAAGCACUAUGAAGCAGUACAUAAUCUUAAGUGCUAUUGCUAUUCUCUGAUGCAAUGAGAGUGUAUUAUUGCUGUCUCAGCAAAGUAUGUUAAAAUUAGAAACAUUUUCUGAUCACAGCGCUUGAGAAGUAUUAACAAUGAGCCGUCAUAAGCCUCUUUAUUAAUGGAAGGAAGCAUUGGUGUGCUGUUCUUUUCAGCAUUUGUGGCAGGAUCUGCUUCUUUUACACUGGGCUUGCAGUUCUUACAGCCAAGCUGACAUGCCAUGGAGUGAUGAAGGGUUCUACUUACCACCAGCUUGUUAGAGACAGAAGCUGUUUUGGACCUAGAAGGAAUUAUUUGAUUGAGGUUCCCUAGCUGACUUUCACAUCUAAGGGAGGACUAGAACUUGGUUUCCCAUUUCUACUCUAGCACCUUAGAUGUUAUACCAUACAAGCUCUCACGAUGUCUUCUAGAUAUUUUGGACUACUAAAAAGUAAGCUGCUCUAGAGCUGGACUUGACUCCUGGUAGUUGCCUCAAGGUUUCUAUGUAAUUGAUUCCAGCAAUAAUAGAAAAGUAUAGUGUGUCCUUGCAACUUUCUGGGAUUCUGUUUUACUUCCCAAUCUAACCUAUAGUUCUCAGGUUUCCUUCGAUAUCUCCCAUCCAAGUAUAUUAGAUCUGAAACAGCUUAGCUUUUUGCAAUUAGCCAGAGCCAAUUAGGUACAAUGCAGAUAAUCCCUGCCUCCUGACCAUGCUAGCUAGUGCUUAAGGUGCAUUCAUGCAAACAAUCCGGAAAAUAAUCCUUGCCCUUAUAGCUAUGGUUUAGGAAUUAGGCUUGACAGGAAUUAUUGCUUGAUUUAAAAAUUACAGAAUCUUUCUCCCAACUGCAAGGAGUAACCUUGGAUGUAUUCUGUUGAUUUUUUUCACGUUGUCCUUAGCUUCUACACCUGCAUUUCUGUGCAGAAAUGUGUAUUUUGAUGCUAUUGCUUUUAACAACAUUAUCAGAAAUAUGCCUCUCAAGUAAGGUUUCAUUGAAUUUUUGGUGUUGCCUGUAAUUUGAUGGCAUUCCACAGUUUAAAAGGAUAGGCUAAAAUGUCAUUCCAUUAAAAUAGUUUUGUAUUCUAUUCUCUAGCUUCCUAUAUCUUGGUUCUUCCAUCUAUUCUACACAAUAUGCUUUUUGAUCUAUCUCCGCUAUAUACAAUAUGUUCCAUGUUUACCUUAAUGCUAAUAAGUUACAUCAUUUGGUAUGAACAAGAAAAGUUCAUCACACCUUAUGUUGGAGUAACAAUCCAAACUAUGCUUAGAGAAUUUCUGUUGCUUCUUAAUCUUUUCUUUAAAUCUUUUCUUUAAUCUUCUUUAAUUCUUUAAUCUUUUCUCUUAAAUUUGAAAUUUUGUUUUAGUACAUGAAAUUUGCAAGUAAGAAUCUGGGAAAACAACAGAGCUGCAAAAAUUUCUUUACAUUUUUGCAUAUGGCAAUGCAGUGAUCACCUUCUCUCAUCCAUACAAUUGUAUCUAAAUCACAUGUAUAAAAAAGAUUCUAGACAUGACUAUAUUGCCUUCAAACCAUGCAAUUAUCCUGUACUUCUAUUUUAAUUGACAGAGCUAUGGCAUGGCUAUGUGACCAACAUUUUUCAGUAAACUACUGUUACAACUUUGUACAGCAAAAGCAUUGCAAAAAACUUGAAAAGGUAAUUGCUAUGAAGUAUUCGAGUGUUAAAAUCAUAAGGAAGCAAUUUACAUACUUGUUGUAUGUCUUGUUAAAAAAUUUCCCUUAACUUUUCCUGUACUACUUUUCAUUGAGAAUGGGUUUUCUUAGUUUCUGUAAUAACCAUACUUAAAUCCCAAUCUUGAUUUAGAGAGAUAUGUGACACGAGCAAUACCUUUUCUUCUGAAUGGAACAAUGGGAAUUCAAAAUUAACUUCCUUGUCCUAUAAUAAAGUAGACAUGUAAUGAA